AUGGCUACAUUCAUUUCCGUUCGCUCUUGCACAGCUCGCGCAGUUCUCCUUGUUCUUUGGCUUGUCAAUUUUCACGCCUGGGCCCGUGAAGAUAUCGUGCGUCCCCCGAACACUCCAGCUAUUGGUGGUCCUGCAGGAGUUACAGACAGUCAAGUGGCUAUCUUCUAUCGCACGUUCCAAGAUGCCAUUUAUCUGGCUAGGCAUACCGCAUUGUACUGGCCUUGUGACGCUGCAAACGACGAGAUAUUCACCCGUUAUUUCGAGCCAGGAGACGCCGAAUUCGUGAAGAAUAUGUUCCGUGCAAUCGCCAACAUCGAUCUCACUCUCGACCUGUCCAACCCAGAGACGGUCAGACAGCUCGCGGACCAACCUCUUUCAUACAACAAAUACUUCACCGGGUUGUCGAUCCAUUUUCUCGAUGACCAUCCGGGAUUAACUCAGCCAGGAGUCGUUUGGGACGGCACACUCAGUUGCCAUCUCAAUAGGCCGCUGCUAGGUUUUAUGGUCCCUACAUUUGGUGGCACUUCUGCAUUGAUGUCCGUCUGCAAGCGGAUGUAUGCCAUGUUGCCCAUGCUUCAGGAUGUAGAAACAGCGCCAAAUUGGGCAAUCGACCCAUCAAAGGAUAAAUCAAAUGGGCUCCAGUAUUAUGAUGGAUACGGCUGCCAGAACCUUGGAGACACUGACAGUAGCAAUUUGCAUAGCACUGGCUCUGUCAUGUUGCAUGAACUAAUGCAUUUCCCUGGUCUGUUCUCAGACGUCCCACACUACGCCGCCACCAUUCCGUCCCAAAUUCAAUUCUCCAGUACCCCCCACGUCAUUUCAGACUUCUUUGGAGAUUGGCCUAAAAAUGGAUAUGGUCCUUACAAUUCGGCCGAAAUAAAGAGGUUCCUCCCGCGAGACCAUUCCUAUUUCGAAUGGAAGCCUACCUACAACGCGGACAACUACGUCAGCUAUGCAGUCAGCCAGUACUACUCAAGGGUGUGCGGGAGAAAAUUUGGAGAGGCACCGAGUGAGAAAGCUGCCUAUCCGAACCGGCAUCCACCCUCGAACCCUUUUCCUUGA